ACCUUGGGGAGUAGGAGGGAGUGGUCAUUUAGAGCUCUUUCUAACGUUCACUUUAUGUGGUCACUUCACUGGAGGUUUUCCUUGUGCUUUGACAUGGAAGUGUGUGUUUUGUCUUCUUUACUCACCAUACUGUGUGUGGGUCUGUUUGGGAAAUAUACAUACGCAACAGGUUGUUUGGAUUAUCAGCUUGUUGCCACUUCUUCAUCUCUGCUGGUGGAGUACGGAAACCCUGCUGAAGUAAACUGCUCCAUUUCAGACAGAAAUAAGACUUUAACUAAUUACAAACUGGGUGUGGAGGCUAAAUCACUAAAUGUAUUUACAAGUAAUGAGAGCAUUGUGAUGUGGAAGGUGGACAGUCUGACAAUGUGGGAGGAAGAUCAAAUCCUGUGUUACAUAACAGUGAACAGAAAUUCAUGUAUGGCUGAAGUAAAUAUCAGCAUUUACAAGACACCGGACAGGGUUACGCUGAGCUCUGUGUCUGAUGUGAUGGUAGAGAGAAAUCAGACACAACUGAGGUGUCAGAUUGAAAAUGUGGGUCCUGGAUAUAGACUCAGUGUCCACUGGAGCAGAGCAGAUCCAAAGCAAAACAAUUUCAAAAAGUUUAAUGAAACGUUGUUCCCAGACUUGAAAAAUGAGAAACAGAGUGUCAACAAAACAGCGUACCUAACUAUUAUGCCCAGCCGUGAGGAUGAUGGAGCAAAGUAUCUGUGUGAGGCCGUGUUGAAUCUGGACAGAAAACAGAUCAAGAGCAAAUCACAACCAAUCACCAUCACUGUACAGUACACUGAACACUCUGGUAUCAUGACACUCAUCAUUGUCCUUGUGUCUAUAAUGGUGCUGGCAGCUGUGGCUACCUCUAUGUGGUGUAUCUAUUACCAUCGAACACACAUGGGUCAGUACAUCAUGAGGCAGCUGAGAAACCAAAGGCACAACAUCCAUGUGGACCAUGGUGCUGAGGACCACGGAGAACUGUAAAUACUGCUGAAGUUAACACCUGAGUAAUAAUGUUGCAUUCAAUUAAAUUUCAACCAAAGUUCUUAAUUUCCAGCCUCCAGUUUGAAAUCUCGAGAAAUCACCCAUCAACUGAAGGAAUCUUCUUUGGAAAGUCAGGAAGAUCUCCUGAUCUCCUGAACUCCAACUUCAGAAUGUAACAUUAAAAUUGCUUCAGGUAAAUCAGAAUAGAAUCAAAACAGUUCCCUUUCAAGGGAACUCAAUGCUCAGUAUGGGUAUGGGGCAUUGUAAACAUCAUCCCCGACAAGUAACAGGAGGCCAAGCAAGCUUAUCACUUGGCCGAGUCAAGGAGCUUAUCCCUUGCUGUUUCCAGAAGCCAAGGGCUUCUAUCGGAAGGCUAGUGUGGCUGCUUGUGUCCGCUCGCAGGAACGGGGGCAGAUGCUGCAUGACAGCUAGCCCCAGUUAGGGAGAGAUGGUCUGAGGACUGUCAUCUUUUCUAGAUGACCCAACAAUAGGUUGCAGCCCUUGUGGUGGACUUGAGUUCAUCUCCGCCAUGCUCUCAAGGGGUACUCCUGCCAACCCUACUAUCAUUGACAUUUUCAGGAGCAGGAUUUUAGAGCUGUCUGUCUGCCCUAGGUUCACCUUUGGAUGUCCCUCCUCCUCUAUCUGUUCACCAUCUACCUUGCCAGUGUGCUGCUUCAGGGUUCGGAACAUUUCAGGAGUGCCACAUAAACCGUGCCUCUAUCAGAUCACUUACCACAACAGAGGGGUACAAACUCCCACACUACCCUCCCUCCAAAGGGCACGGCAAUUGGCACGGCAGGUCCAGUUCUGGCUAGAGGCCAGACUGUUACCCUUAGAAAGUUUUUAGAAGUAUUUUAGAGCAUACAAUUUGGGUUAAAAGCUUCACUUUCAACUGGUAUAGGCUAUAUGAUGGGUGUGUGCAUGAGGGGAAGUGUGUGCACUUGGGGAAGGCUUUCUUUCCUCAUCUAAUGAAUCUUCUGAGCUGGAAAUGAUUCAUCUUGCAUACCGUUAGGGCCCUUGGGAAGUAUGUCUACGGCUCUAGCUAGUGUUGUAGGUCCACACAAUCUUUAGUCUGCUUGGUUGGCUGCAAUCUGGGUAACCCGAUUUAUAACCCUAAAAUAUAUAAUAAAUAAUAUAUAGAGUAUAUAGCCCUAUAUUGUAAACCUAUUUUAUUGUCUUGUAGAUGCUGUAGCCAAUUCUUAGGAGGUGUGAUGAGCCAUCUUGCCUCUUGGUAUCAGGGCCCAUCAUGCCAGGGGUAUAGCAUCUUCCACUUCUCUUUUCAGGGGCGUCCCUGCACAAUGUUUGUGCUGCAGAACAUAUUUAUCAGGUUUUACUGCCUGGGCAUGGACAGUACCCUGGGAUCACACAUCCUUGUGGAUUUAUCUCAUAUCCUUUUCUCCUGCAGUCCCUUGUGGCAAUCUCCACAGGCUUGGAGAACAGACAUUCCUCUCUCAGGUAGCAGCAUUGGUACUGGCAUUCACCGUAGCACCAACCCAUGAGGCAGCAUUGAGUUCCCUUGAAAUCUAACCUCUCAGGUUACAGAUAUAGCCAUGUUUAACACAACGGGCUUGCCUCAUAUCUUUCUUCAGACAAUCAGAAUUGACGUAGAUGCCCUUUUAUGGUCUUGAUAAUGUGUACUGCUA